GCCAGUCUGGCAUUAGCAGCCUACAGUAUAGAUGUCAGUGAUCAGACCUCGGUGUAUCAUUCUAACAACUCUGAUUCUAGGUUCUAGCUCAACAGAGUAUGCAAAAAAUUUCAUGAAAUAUCAGAAAAUGUCUUAAAUAAAAAAAGUAACCAUUUGCUUGUUACGAAUGAGGUGUCGAAAAAAUUUUGUGAACGUUAUAGAUUCCAUAGAAGAUAUGGGAGCCAGAAGAAUGAACGGAAAUCGCCUAAAAAUGACUAAAAAUACAGUUUGGUUUUAUGACGGAAAUAUUCUGUCAGCUUUUAAUCGUGCAGAAGACGGUAACAUUAUGGGAGGCAUGAUUCUUGGAAAUUGUAACUGUCCAUUUUCAAGCAUUGCUUAUUGCAAUGAUAUAAUUAUAAGCGGCCACGUAGAUGGUAGUAUUAGGCAUUGGAGAAUUGAAUCAUGGAAAAACAUUAAUAAUAUUCAACUAUUAAAAGCACAUUCCAAUGUAUAUGAUGAAUACGUUUCGAACAUAGAAGUAACAACGCAAAAUAUUAUAUCAAGUUCUUCAAAUUUAAUAAAAAUACAGAAAAAUACACUUGAAGAUGAUGAUUCUGUGGAAAAAAAGAAACCAAUUUAUAGCGGCAAGAACUUGAUUCAUUCAAUUUCAUUAGAUCCUACAGAAACAAAAGUUGCUGCUAGUACCGAAGAAUCGUUUCUAAUUUAUGAUAUUAAUAAACAUUGUAAGGUAAGGGAGGAAUGUAUAGAUGAUCAUACUUGUUACCAACUACUAUGGCAAGAUACUCACACUAUUCUCAUGUUGUAUGAACCAUAUAUUAAAAAAAUGGAUAUAAGAACAUUCGAAUUUGUACGUACAUGGGAUGCUUCUGUCUUAAACAGUGAUUAUGAAUUAUAUAGUCUCUCUUCAGAUUAUUUGUAUACUAUUAUGACAGGGACGAAUAUUGGUACAGUACUUCUAUGGGAUCAAAGAUCAACUGAUUGCAUUCUAACAUUUAAUAUAUAUCCUAUUCUUUUCAACCCAGUAUUUUCUGUGGAAUUUAAUAGCACCCAUAUGUAUGCUAUUACAAAGCUAGAUGGUGUGGUUGAAUUUAAUUUUAAAGAAGGUCACUAUUAUGACCGCGCUGAAAGAAAGAAGUAUUUUAACAGUUUUAUUUAA